GAAAAAGAAAAAAAACUGACUCUUUUAGUCAAUCGCCUUCUUCUCUAGUCCACUCUCUAACAAACUGCACAGAAACCACCACCCUCUCUCCCUCCCUCUCUCUCUACACUGCCUUUCCCCCGACAUAUAGAGAGAGAGAGAUCCUUCGAUCGUCGCCGGUUCGGAUUUACUUCUCAUCUUGUUGUUGUGGUUACCGGAAGUUAUGGAUCAGUACGAGAAAGUAGAGAAGAUCGGUGAAGGAACUUACGGUGUGGUUUACAAGGCACGUGACAAAGUCACGAACGAGACUAUUGCUUUGAAGAAGAUCAGGCUCGAGCAGGAGGAUGAAGGUGUACCUAGUACUGCCAUUAGAGAGAUCUCUCUAUUGAAAGAGAUGCAGCAUAGCAAUAUUGUCAAGUUGCAGGAUGUUGUGCAUAGUGAGAAGCGUUUGUAUCUUGUUUUUGAGUAUCUUGAUUUGGAUCUUAAGAAGCAUAUGGACUCGUCUCCUGGUUUCUCCAAGGAUCUUCAUAUGAUCAAAAGGUAUCUUUAUCAGAUUCUACGUGGCAUUGCGUAUUGCCACUCUCACAGGGUUCUUCAUCGUGAUUUGAAGCCACAGAAUUUGUUGAUUGAUCGCCGCACCAACUCACUAAAGCUUGCAGAUUUUGGACUGGCUAGAGCAUUCGGUAUCCCUGUCAGGACAUUUACUCAUGAGGUGGUUACUCUCUGGUACAGAGCACCAGAGAUACUCCUAGGAUCUCAUCAUUACUCUACACCCGUUGAUAUUUGGUCUGUGGGAUGCAUAUUUGCCGAGAUGAUCACCCAAAAGCCCUUAUUUCCUGGAGACUCCGAGAUUGAUCAACUCUUCAAGAUUUUUAGAAUCAUGGGAACUCCAAACGAGGAUACAUGGCCAGGGGUAACUUCGCUGCCCGAUUACAAAUCUGCUUUCCCUAAAUGGAAACCAACGGACUUGGAAUCUUUUGUCCCGAAUCUGGAUCCCAAUGGAAUAGAUCUCCUAUCCAAAAUGCUUUUGAUGGAUCCCACGAGAAGAAUCAACGCAAGAGCUGCACUGGAACAUGAUUACUUCAAGGAUCUUGGAGUCAUGCCUUAGAAAAGGCUUCAGAACCUGUAAUCUCCUUCAUUCACUAUAUAUAUUAAUCCUAAGAAAACGAAUCAAAUACGAUAAGUGGCUUUUGUUUUGUGCAUACUUUUUUUUUGGGAGUUUUCGUUUUUUUUUCUUCUUCUAAGCUUUUGAGAUCAUUUUCUUGUGUAUCAUUUUUUUUUCUUUUUUAAAGUUCAGUAUUCUCUUAUAUAUGAUUUUAUUUUGCAAAAUCUCACUUUAUGCCACAUCUGGUGAUCAUUAUAUAAUCCAUCUUAUUGUAUGUUUUUC